AUUUUUUUUUUUUAUUGUGACCACGUGACUCAAAGUUUUUCUCCACAAACACUGAAAAUGGCGACAGCAAUGUAUCUAGAGCAAUACCUCGAUAGUCUGGAAUCACUGCCCACUGAACUACAAAGAAAUUUCAACUUAAUGAGAGAUUUAGACCAGAGAACACAAGAUCUCAUACAGGAAGUUGACAGGCUAGCAGGUGAUUAUCUCCACAAAGUGCGAUCCCUGUCUUCAGAAAAACGUAGACAACAACUUGGGACUAUUCAGCAGCUUUUUUCUAAAGGCCGAGAGUAUGGCGAUGAUAAGGUGCAGCUGGCCAUGCAAACAUAUGAACUGGUGGACAAACAUAUAAGAAAAUUGGAUGCAGAUUUGGCUCGAUUUGAAGCAGAUCUGAAAGACAAAAAUUCUGGUAACCAUGACAGUACAGAAACAUCAGGCAAGAAAAAGAAUGAAAAGGACAAGAAAAAAAGAAAAUCACAGAAGGAUGAUUUUGAAGAUGAAAUUCCCAAGAGGAAAAAGAAGAAAGGACAAACACAACCACAAGAAGAAGCGCCUCUGCCAGCAUUUACACAUUUGAUGUCUCACCCAUCAGACGUCCUGGACAUGCCUGUAGACCCAAAUGAACCAACAUACUGUCUUUGUCAUCAGGUGUCCUAUGGAGAAAUGAUUGGUUGUGAUAAUCCUGAUUGCCCAAUUGAAUGGUUCCAUUUUGCUUGUGUUGGGCUCACCACUAAACCUAAAGGAAAGUGGUUUUGUCCCCGGUGUCAAGAAGAAAGGAAGAAGAAAUAAGAAAGCAUUUGGAGUAAACAGCAAAGGCAGCCAGGGAGAAACAGAACACUUAUUAAGUUAACAAGUACUGUUGCUUGUGCAAGAUUUUAAAAGCUCAUUAUGCAUAGUUACUUAUCAAGCGACAUUAUUUCUUGAAAAACUUUGUAUCUGUCAAGAUAUUAACAUGCAACAGAAGCAUUUUGCUGCAUGAUUUGCAGCUAGCCUUAAUGUGUAAGUUGGAAAUCAUGUUAUCCUAGAUUUUUGUGCUUGUGCCAAACUAUCAGCACAUGAUUCGUGACUACAAAAUCAUGUUUUAGAAAUCAUAGCAAUGUGGGUUUUGGGUUUUUUCAAAGUAUAUAUAUCCUUUUGCAUCAAACUAAUUCUAUAUAAAUAACUUUUUUUUUUUUGUCUAGUUUAUUUUUAAAAGAAAGAUGCUGGUAUAAAUGAUUACAAACUCAGAAAUAUGCCUUUUAAACUAAAGAGUUUUAGUUCACAUAAUAUAUGCAAUCCUUAUUCCCUCGGAUUCAAUUUCAUAUAUAUGUAUAAAGAUUCUUUGUAGCCAAUAGAAGUUUACUUGUCCUUGCUGACUUUACGGCUUCUUUGGUCUUCAGUAUUUCACUGGUCUUUGUUUAUUAUUUUCUGUAAUGAAUUGUAUAAAGCAAGCUUUUGUAUAUUGAGAACUUUAUUUUAAUUAAAAAGUGCCAGUGUGGGCAUGGGAAAUCUUUUUUUUUUUAAGUUGUGCAAAUAUUUUUUCAGAUACAUUUGUAAAGAAAUGUUUCAGACACAAGCCUUGCUCACAAUAAGGCAGAAGAGUCCACAACAAGAAUUAUCUAAGAAAAUAUAUAAUUGUAGUAAUUUCAUAUGCUUUAAUUUAUAAAAAAAAAUUCUUGAAUUUUAUUUAUUUUAUCAACAGCAAAACAGUAACAGCAUUUUAAAACAGUACAGCUAGAUUGAUACAAAUACUUGCAAAGUGGCAGGAGACAAUUACUUGGCUAUGACAACAAUUCGAAAAAAAAUUCUUUAAAAAAAGGGAAAUACCAAAAUGUAUAGCUAAAAAAAAAUCUGUAGUCAAUAUAAACAGUUUUGUUUAACUGCUUUGGGAAGCAGGUAGUCAAGUAGUUAGAGCACUGGCGUCCAAACUGGAGGUUUGCUAGUGGCUUUACACAGUUGACCCAGCUGUCGGGAAUAGUUCCAGGAUCCAUAGAGGGUUGUAGCAAGGGUGAGGAGAUGGACACCCCCAUGGUCCUCUCUCUAAUGACUCAAAAGUUAAGGAACUAUCUUUACAUUAACCUCUUAAUCCUGGAUUAGUUUAGCCCUUGUUACUCCUUGAAGAGCAUAGGGCCGCAACAACACCUCGCCCGCAGACACGGUUUUGGGCAGCUCCCUUCAGUGGGGCCCAUGUGGUUCCAGCGUCCUUUGCCUCGCUUUCUACUGUUCCUCUCCUAGUCUUCUUUGGUCUCUCAAUUCUCCUCUUCCCCUGAGGAUUCCAGUCAAGAAUCCUGGAUAGUGUUUUAAUUGUUCCAGCUGCUUCACACUCCAAACCUGAUGUUUGUUCAUUGUGGUACUUUGUGAUUUCAACUUCAAUUGUUGCCUUAAGCGAGUGGAUCAAUAGGUGAUGCCUGUAAUACAUGUGCUCAAACUAUCUGUUGUGACCCAGAACAGUACAUUUAACUUGGUUUCUGUUCUCUAACUUAAAAAACUUUUAGUUUUUUGUAGUAUCGUCAGAGCUUAAUUUGCACCGUUAGAUUAAUUUUCACGUGUAAGAAGUAUCUUAGGUUUGUAAAAUAUUAUUAUUCUAUACUCUUAAAAUGGUGUUAAUAGUUCCAUAGUUUUUUGUUUUUUUCCACAUGCCAUGCAGUGUCAUGAUCAUUGAUUUCAACAUUUCAGAAUCUUAAAAGCUACUUAAUGUCUUUUUAGCAUAAAUAUGAUAUAUAAAGUACAAUCUCAGUAUAUCAUGAAGGAAAAAUUAUUCAUUUGCACAGUUGUUUUGCUUGAAUUGGAAAUCCUUCCAGAUGAUGACAAAAAAGUUGUUGCCUCUUUUUAAAAUCUGUUUUCCAAAUAGUUUUAUUUUCACUGCCCAUAAUCAGGUUCCAAGUGAUAGCAUACUUAAACUUUUAAUGGAUGUCUAAAAAUUGCAUUAGUGUAAUAGAUCAUUGAGAUGGCAAGUGCACAUUGAUCUGUGAUAAGAGAUUAUUGUCAAAUAACUUCAGUAUUACACAUGUGUGCUUCAUUUUCUUUUUGUUAUGCACCUGUUAUAAAAAGAGACUUAGAAAUUUUGGGUAUUCUUUCAUUUUCUUGCAUAUUUUUACUUUAACUUUUUUCUUCCUUUUUUUUUUUUUUAUUACUGUGCUUAUUUUUCUUUACUUAAGAGCCCCAGAACAUGUCAUUUAUUUCAGGCUGAAAUUGUGAAGUAUUAGCAUGCUUUUAACUUUGUUGUUUUUCAUGUUUAGAGUGAAAAACAAUUGAGUCAGGGUAGUAUGUAUGUUUUUGAGUGCAGGACUGAUUGAGAUCUGUUCAAGAUGUAACGGGUGAAGUGCUUAUUCAGACUACAUUUCUAUUAGCUUAAUUUUUUUAAAGGCAUUUUUGUAGUUUAGAUUAAUUAAAUCCAUAUUUUGAAUGCUGAUCCUACUACGUUUAUUCCGUUGAGGACACAUUCAAAGCUGUUACAACAGUCAUCUGAACUUUAAAUUUAUGCAACCAUUUUAAACAUUUGUGUGUACUAAUUGGUCCCAUCUUCAAAUUUUAGCAUAACCAUUUUAACACGAGUUCUUUUUAUCUUCCAUUUGGUAUGGAUUAUUUUUUGCAAACUGAACAGAGCAGGUGUUCAAGACUACAGCCACCAUUCCAGUUUGUCUUGGCAUUUCCAUGUGUAGCAAAUCAAAUGCUCUGUAUAUCAGUUUGUUUCUGUCCAAUUGUCGUAGCAUAAGAAUGUCUAUUAAGUAUUAAGACGGGGGGGAUUCUUAAUUUGGUGGUGUAAAACAUGCACAACUUCACAUUUCUUCAUAUAAAUAGAUCAGUCGCUCUUUUUUAUAUCUGCUAUCUGGACCAAAAGUUAGAGGCUAAUCCUAGAACAAACUUUUUUCCAAGUUACCAGGUUCUGUUCAUUGAGAACUGCUAGUUCCCAAAAGCUUCAAAAUCAUAUUUCAUACAAGAGAGACAUGUUUAGAAAUAAAAUUUCUUAUCUGGGUUGUGGAAAUAGAUCAAGUCCAAGUUUCAUUUAGCAUUUAAUAUAUUUGAGCUAUAAUUUGUUUAUAUCCAAAGCUUGGUAAAUGAAAUUGAAAAAGAGAUCUAGAAGUAACAGCUUACGCUGUGAUUAAGAAUGCUUUUGACAUUAACAAAGUUGACUGUACCAAUUCUUGGAAGGAAACAGUUGUAAUGAGCGUUUUUUGGACAAACCUAUAUUCAGUUAUUUUGAUAAACAUUAAGUGUAAAGCAAAGAUCAUCUUUCUGCUGGAACACUUUUCUCUAAAAGUGCCAUGUUUUCAUUGGCAUGGUUGUGAAUGUGCAUGCAAAUCAUGAAGGAAGAAAAAGUCUGUAUGUUUACAUGCUGUCAUGGAUUGAUCAAAGUUUUGCUCUACAGUCAAUGUGUAUAUGUGAAGUUAGUCUUUUGAGUGCACCACAUGUUUUUGGAACUCUAGUGAUAAUUGUUGAAACUGUGCCAAUUGCCUCUCUUCAUUGCUGCUACUUACGUGGUUGUUAUGCAUACAUGUUUAGCUGAAAUUUCAUGUCUAAAAAUUGUGUUUGUUGUUGUAGUAUGGCGCUACAAGUUUUGCGUGCAGCACUAGGUUUCAUUAGGCAUUUUAUAGAAAGACUUCCUAUUAUUGGAAAUUUUUGCCAUGGUUUAAAAUGUUUUUUUAUUUUAUUCUCAAGCUAAAUAUUGCACUGGACUAUGGGAGAAACACAAACAUAUAACUAUAAUAUUUGUUCCAUUUCACACAAUCUCAUCUUUCUGAGCAACAGAUUUACAUUGAAUUUGAAGUCAUCAUUUUUUCCUCCCGUUUGUUCUGAAGUAAUGAACUAGAAGCUCAUCGAGGAUGAUUAGACCCAAGCAAUUGGAUUUCCAGCAGUCAAUCAUUGAUACUGCUAUCUCCUACAGACAACUAGAGUUGGUAUUAAAAUUUGGGAGGGCUUGUGCGCCACUUGCGGAAAGAAAAUCUCAGUGAAUAUACAAAUACAGAAUCACAUAUUUUCU